GUCUAUCACAAAGCGUGGGUGCUAAAGAUUUUAAAUGUAGGUCAGUGCGGCCACGCCAGGCGCCUUCAGCAAUUCGGCGCGACGGGCCGACGCAAACAAGAAUGCGGCUGCGGAUUGUUUCAUGGAACGUAAACGGACUCCGUAGAGUAAUCGCGCACUUUGGCUCGCUGGACAAGUUCCUGUCGGCGCUGGAAGCUGACGUGCUAUGCAUCCAGGAGCACAAGCUGACGCGGGCUGACCUGAAGCGGGAGCUGGCGCUCGCAGAUGGCUGGGAGUCGUUCUUCGCCUUCACCCGCGGGAGGGUGGGCUACUCGGGAGUGGCCACCUUCUGCCGUCGUGCGCCCGGAGCACUGCCGCUGGCGGCGGAGGAGGGAUUCACAGGCGCCCUGCUAGCACCCGGACCCGGACCCGGACCCGGACCCGGGAGCAACGGCAACGGCUGCGGCAGCGCCCCCCAGCCACCUCCACCCCUGCCACCACUGCAGCAGUCAGCAUCACCCGAUGCAGGGGCCGGCGCAGCAGCCCCCGCACCCUCAGCGGUCGCAGCGGCGCCGGCGGUGGGCGCGGCGCCGGGCCCUCGCUUCUGGCGCGGCUCCGGUCUGGGCCUGGGUCCCGAGGAGCUCCGGGCUCUGGACGGCGAGGGGCGUGUGGUGAUCACCGAGCACGGGGCGCUGGUGCUGGUCAACGUGUACGGCCCCGCCAUCACCAGUGAGGAGCGCGCGGAGGAGCGGGGCGCCUUCAAGAUGACCUUCUUCAGGGCGCUGCAGCACCGCCUGGACGGCUUCCUGGCGGCCGGCCGGCGGCUGGUGGUGCUGGGCGACUUCAACAUCAGCCCCGCAGCGGCGGACAGGGCCGGAGCCACACCCCGCACCUUUGAGCCGCACCGGCCCGACCGGCUGUGGCUAAACACGCUGUUGCGGCGGGGCGGGGGCCGGGGGCGGGGGCGGGAAUGUCAGAGGCGGGAGGGGGAGCGGGAGGGGGAAGAGGGAGGGGCGGAGGGCGGCGGGAGGGGGCCAGGUCGUGGCGGCGGCGGCUCCAACUCGGUCGGAGAUGCGGAGUGGGGCGCAGCGGCGGCAGGUGGUCCGGCGGCGGCGGCGGCGGCGGCGGCGGCGGCGGUAGGCGCUCCGGCGACGGCGGGUGCGGCGGCUCUGUGGCGGCUGGGGAGUGCCGACCUGGAAGCAGCUGCAGAGGAUGCGGAGGCGGAGGCGGAGGCUGCGGGGAGCGAGGAGGAGAAUGGGUGGUGGGACGGACUCCGGCAGGCGCAAGCAGAAGCCGAGGUGGAGGCGGGGGCUGGAGGGUUUCUGGAGGCGCGGGAGGAGCGCUCAGCUUCGCCUGGGUCCGACAUCGGGCCUGGCAAUGAGCCCGGCGGCAGUGGUGGUGGCGGUGGCGGUGGUGGGGAGGGCGGCGGGGUGGCGGGAGGCGGCGGCGCGCGCUCGCGGCCGCCGCAGCCACAGACGGCUCAGGCGCUGCCGCCCUUUGUGGACACCUUCCGGGCCUUUCACCCGACCCGGCGUGACGCCUACACGUGUUGGAACACCAGCUCCGGCGCCCGCGUCAACAACUUCGGGUCGCGCAUCGACCUCAUACUGGCCGCAGACGGCACGCCCGGAGCCGUGGCGGCGGCGGCGGCGGCAACAGCCGAGGCAGUGGCGGCCGCAGAUGCUGCUACUGCCGCAGGUGCUGCAACUGCCGCCGCAGGCGCCGCUGCUGCAGUUGGCAGGGCGCCGGCAGUCCCUGGCGAUGGCAGCAGUCCGUCCGGGGCUGGGGCGCGCGCUGGAGGCGGCGUGGAGGGAGCGACGCCCCGCUGCUGCUGCCUGCCGUGGGUGGUUGGCGCGGAUAUCAUGGUGGACUUCCAGGGCAGCGAUCACGCGCCUCUGUGGGUGGACCUUGAGAUGCCAGAUGAGGAAUGGGCGGCGGCGGCAGCGGCUGUAGCAGCGUCCGCGGCGGCGGCAGGGCAGCCGCAGCAGUCUCAGGCAGCGGUAGCCAGCAGUAGCCAGCCGCUGCCGCCGCCGCCGGCCCUGAGCACACGGUUCAUGUUCGACGCCAGCCGCCAAGCCACCCUGCUGUCCUGCCUGGCACGGGCCGGCGCUGCUACAGCCGCCACCGCGGGGCCCGCGUCUGCUACUGCUACUGCCGAGGCCGCUGCGGCGGCGCCGCCGCCGUCUGGCGGCGGCACUGUGGGUGCCGUGGGCAGGCCGCAGCUGCCGCCGCGCCCUGGGUUGGGCGCAGCUGCUACAGCCAAGUCCGGCAAGGGUGCUGCUGCCGCAUCUGCCGCCGGCGGCAGUAGCAGCAGCCAGCGCAAGCUAACCAUGUUCAUGCGGCCUCACCCGGGCCCCGGUCCGCACUCCACGUCCAGUGCCAGUGCUACUGCCACUGCUGCUGCUGGGUCGCAAAGUGCGGGCGUGCCGCCUCGCAGCAGCCGCAGCCAACCGCAGCUGCUACGCCCCAUGUCCGGCUCCAUGCCACCCGGACUCACGAGCGGCAGCGGCGGCUGUAGCGGCAGCGGUGGUUGCAGCGGCUGUAGCGCGCCGACCAUUGACCUGACGGGUGAUGCCGGGGACACGCCCACAACGGGACCGGCAGUAGCAUCAGGCAUGGCUGUGGCGGCAGGCACGACCGCCCAGGACCCUGUAGACCCGGGGCUAUCACUUCCACAGCAGGCCCAGCUACAGCCGCAGUCGCAGCCACAGUUUGUGCUGCUACAGCCAGGGGCGUCGCAACCGGACUGCUGCAGCCCCAACUCGCCGCGCGCCACCACUGGCCGACAAGUGCCGGUUGUAGCAGCCCCGCUGGCAGUAGCAGCCACCAACACAGGGCCAGCAGCAGCAGCUGCACAGCCUGCUGCGGUUGUCGUUGGUGGUGGCGCGGGAGGUGGUGGCGGCGCGGAGGCGCAGCAACAGCCGGGGUCUGUGGUGGUGGCGGCGGCGUGGCGGCAGAUCCAGGACCAGAUGAAACCACCCAGGUGCCCGGGGCACGGCGAGGCCUGCGUCAUCCGCACCGUCAAAAAGAAGGGCGAGAACAACGGCCGACAGUUCUGGUGCUGCGCGCGGCCUGAUGGUCUGCCGCCGCAGGGCCGCUGUGACUUCUUUCAGUGGGCACGAGGCAGGGGCGCGCCAGCAGCAGGGGGGACAGGAGCGGGGGCAGGGGGGGCGCUGGGGGCAGGGGCAGGGGCAGGGAUCAAGAGAGCGGCGGGGCAGGGGCCUGGGGCAGUGCUGGGGCCUGCGGGAAAGCGGCCGCGAGGGUGAGGGAAAGGGCAAGAGACGCAUCCAGCAUGUGAGGGGUGCUGCUCAUGCUUGCGUUGGCAGUGCGGUGUUGUGCUGCUGGACAGAUGCAAGUUGACUUGAUAACCGAGUGGGUGGACGUGGUGCGUUGUAAUGACAUGUUUGAGAGGGUUCGAGAGGUUGUGAGCUUGAGACGAAUGACUUGACCAGAGUGCGAGCCGGACAGGACGGGAGAGAAGUAGAGCGAGGGAGCCAACAGAGAGGAAGCAUCAGUGCAUGUGUGUCAACAGUAAAGAAGAGU